GGGGGGGGGGGUGGUGGGGGUGUUUGUUAUUGAGGAGUGAUUAUUAUGGAAAAAUAGAGAAAAAGAAAAAAAAAAGAGCAAGAAAAAGAAAAAAAGGAGAAAAAAAAAAAAAAAAAAAAAAAAAAAAAAAAAAAAAAAAAAGAAAAAUUUUUUUUUUUUUUUUUUUUUUUUUAAUCAUAAAAAACAAGAAAAAUGCAGCUGUGCACUAUUUUAUACUAUAAUCAUCGACUAAAAGAAAGAGAAAAAAAAACAAGUCAAUUGCUCGUUUGGCAACAGUUUGUAAAAAGUUAAAAUUUUAAUUCUUCUUAUUACCUUUUUUAUACUAGUAAGUAAAAUCAUAUGAUUAAAUCUUAACAAAAAAAAGAAAAACAAAUUUAUUCAUUUCUUUUCCAUUUAUUAUUGAGUUUAACAAUUUAUUUUUCUCAUUUUUAUUUUUUUUUCGUUUAAUUAUGUCACAAAAAUCGAGUGUAUUUGAAAAUUCUUAUAAAAACUUCUUUUUUUGAAUACGAUAAAAGAAUAUUUUUUGUUCCAAUUAAAAGGAGUAAACCAUUUAACGAUGUUCGAUUUGUAGACUCUCGAUAGUAUUAUUGAUGUAUAACACGUUGAUCUUCACUUUUAGUGCAUAUAAUUUCAUUUUUUUUUUUUUUUUUUUAUCAUAAUAUGUAAAAUAUAAUAAUAAUCAAAUCAAAAAAAGAUGCAUCUAUUCGAUGUCCCAUAUUGUACUAAAUAGUAAAUUAACCUAUUUUUUUUUCUCUUCUUCUUUCAAACAUAACAAGUCGUAUGUAUAUGUUAACCGUUCUCUUUUUGUUUUUUUUCUUCUCUUCCGUUUUUUUAUUUUGUCCUAUUCUUCUCUUGUCGAUAAAUCAUGUAUCUUUUUAAUAGUAUAAUCAUAUAUAUAUAUAUAUAUCUUCACAAACAUGUGAUUAUAGAAAAGAAAGAAAAAAAAUAAGUUUAGAUGACCAACUUAGUGUAUUCUAUGACAGCAUCAAGUUUUGUUAACCUUUAAAACAUAUGAGUGUGUGUAUGAUGUUCAACGUCAAUGAAAAAAGAAAAAAACAACAACAAAAACUUCCGGAGAUAUCUGUCUCAUAAAAAGCAUAUCUUUGGGAAAUCUUCUUUGAAAUUGAAACUUCUUUCUUGUACUUAAUUACAAAAACAAAACAACAGUAAAAUAUCUCACUACUUUAGAGGUAUUUUUACGGAAUAAUGUCUCUUAUAUAUUUUCUUUUAUUUAAUUGAAGUAGUAGAAAAAAAAAAGAAGAAAAGCUUGACAAACUAACCACGUAAUUAAGACACGAAAAAAAACAAAAAAAUCUUCUCAUCCUAGUUUUCUUUUUCUUUUCCCCUUGAUUUGUCUCAUUGGAAAAUCCUGUUGUUUUUCUUCUUUUUUUUUUCUCUCUUUUUUCUUUCUAAUUUUUCAACAUUUUUUUUAUUUAUUAAACUGUCGCGUUUAUUAUAAUUAAUUUUUUAUUUUUUUUUUUUUUUUUUUUUUUUUUUUUUUUUUUUGUCUGACAAAGAGUGUUUUUGUGUAAUCAAAAAUAAAAAAUAUAUUUAAACUUGUUAAUUCUUAGCUGUAGAGAAAUAAGAGGAGGAUGUACGUGUCUAUGUGCGUGUGUGUGUAUGUGUGUGUGGCUAAUGCUAGGAAUAAGAAGACAUAUGAACUUAGUUUACUUGUUUAAUAGACUUUAAAAAAAUAGUAAGUUCAAAAUAGACGCGUAUUUUUCAUUUGUUAAUGUGUUUUCUUUGAAACACAUUUUUUUAUUCGAUAGAAUUCUUAUGUUUGUUUUUUUUUCAUUUUUAUAUUUUAGUGUCGGAUUCAUGUCAACUUAAAUGUGUGCCCGAUGAUAUUGUCAACAGUGAAUCUACAACUAAUUCAAAUGUUAAUAAUUUAGAUUAUCGAUGUCAUUCUUGCAGUAAAAAUUUUAAAGAUAUUGAACAGUUAUGUGAACAUUUUAAAGAAUCAAAUCAUUUAGAUUUUAUUGAUUCAAGUUCAAUAUUAUGUUGGAAAAAAGGUUGUAAUCAAUAUUUUUCAUCAUUACCCAUAUUAAGUAUUCAUUUUCGUGAAAUUCAUUCAUCAUUACUUAAAAAUAAAUCAUUAUUAGAUGAUUUAUUUUCUACAACACGUAUAUCACCGUUAUCAUCUAUUUCUUCAUCAUCUCUAACAAGUCCAUCUUUAACACAAUCGAUUGUUCCUCUACUUGAACAUCAACAACAAUUAUCACUUGAAAACGAAACAUUAAAAUUAAAAGAAAAUUCACCACAAAUUCUACCGUAUUAUAUAUCGACAACAUCAAAUUUACCAAAUGAUCUUAAACAAAUACACGAACAUCAGUCAAAUCAAUCUAAACAGCAGCAACAGCACACAUCCGACAUCCCAUUAACAUUAUCAACACCUAUUAUUGAUGAAAAUAAAUAUUCUUCAACGUGUAUAAAAUGUUCAAAACGUUUUUCUCGUAAAUCUGAUUUUGAUAUGCAUAUGAAAUUAUGUAAUGAACAAUCAUCUACUAGUAAAUCUCGUAAAUUAAAACCAUCAUCAAAACAUCAAAAAUCACGUCAACCUGAACAACAAAAUACUCUUUUAUCAACGGGCGAUAGUUUUAUUUCUCUAACUGGUAAUAAGUGUGAUUUAUGUGAUAUCGAUCUAUCAUCGUCUACAGAUUUAAAUACUCAUGCACAAUCGUUAUUACAUCAAACAAAUUUACGUGAUUAUUUUACAUCGACUCUACUAUCAUCGAUAACAGCCACUGCAGCUCAUACAAACACAUAUUGUAUGCCUGAAUUUGCUCAACAGUGGUUAAAAUAUUUUACAGAUACGAACGGUGGAAAUUCUUCUAGUACGAAUGAUUCAUUAUAUGAUCCAUUAAAAUUGUGGCCAUCUUCAAAUUUAAUCUCGUUUGAUACAUCAUCAGAUACAACAACAACCACUACCCCAUUACUCGAUUUAUCAACUAAAAAACAAGUUCAACAGUAUAAACCAUCUACUCUAACAUCACAAUCGACUGCAUCAAUCGGUUCUACCUUCAGUAUUCUAACAGCACAUUCUAACACAACUACAUCGACAACGGCAUUAGCAUCAAAUAACAAUUAUAACAAUCGUGAUACUUUGCCACCUACUCCUUCCACUCCAUCAUCACCAAUUCCAUCGUUAUCUACUUCUACCUCAUCUCUAACAAAAUCACUUUCAGCAACUAGUAAUUUAAAAUCGAAACAAGCGGCUAUUUCAAUUGGUACAGAUAUUGUUAAACAUUAUAUUGAAAAUAAUUUAGCCGAAAGAAGAUUAAAACGAGAACAAUUAAAAGAAAAUCAGUCACAAACACAAUCACAGAUGUCUGCUCUAACAAAAUCGCAAUCAUUUGAAGGACUAGCUUCAUUUUUGAAACCACAACCAGUCGUUGAUGAUCAGCAACCAAUCAAAAAUAUUCUUGAAACAACAAAUACGGCAAAUAGUUCUACAACUACAACAACAACAACAGCAGAUGUUCAGAAUAUUAUUGAUAAUACACAUGACGAUUCGGCUCAUCAACAAUUAUUAACAUGUGAUUUAUGUUCAAAAACCUUCUCCACAUUAACCAUAUUGAAAGUACACUAUGAACAAUGCCAUCAUAUUCAAUUAAGUUCAACAGCUAUUGAACAUUGGUUGUUUUUAUUACAAAAAUUACAUGAUUUAACAAAUCAGCAGACAACUAUUACAACUCAAUCAACAUCACCCAUUACACCGAUGGAUAUAAGUAGUGAAUCGUAUACUCUUACUCCUACAUCACCUACACCAAUCAGUAUUAUUGAUCAGACGUCUAAAUCACCAUUGAAACGGGAAUUAUCACAGACACCCAUUCUCAAUUCAUCUUCAACAACAACUAAUCAAAAUGCUGAUGAACAACAAGAAAGAAAAAAGUUACGAGGAAUGGGAGAUGAAAAUGCACAACAUUUAUUUGAUAGACAAAUGGCUGUAGCAGCUCAAGCAGCAAUUAAUAAUAUUUAUCCACCAUUAUUUGUACCACAAACAUCACAGCGUGAUUCAUCAACAUCUAAUUCAGGAACUACAGUAAUUACAACUCCUCUAACACCUUCUUACACUCACUCAUCUUCAACAGCUUCGACAGCAAAUAAACGUAUUCGUACUCGUAUAACAGAUGAUCAAUUGAAAAUACUUCGUCAACAUUUCAACAUAAAUAAUUCUCCAUCAGAUGAACAAGUGAUGUCAAUGUCAUCAAAAACGGGUCUUACAGCAAAAGUCGUCAAACAUUGGUUUCGUAAUACACUGUUUAAAGAGCGACAACGAAAUAAAGAUUCACCAUACAAUUUUAAUAAUCCUCCAGCACAAACGAAAAUUGAUCUCGAAGAAUAUCAUAAAACAGGUACAAUUGUAAAAAAAGAUCAAGAUAUUCAAGAACAAGACAUCUCACAAAAACACGAUGAACAGAUGCAUUCAGAAGUUAGUGAUGAUGAUUUAUCCUCGAUAAACGACGACGAUGAUGACGAUUCAUUGACAUACGAUAAUACUUCACUUUUGCCAACAGCUGAAAGUGAUAAUGAUGAACAAAUGCAACAGUCAUUAUCUAUGAAUUUGACAUCGCCAACAGUGAAAAAUUCUCAGCAACAACAGCAAGCUGUUUUGUGUGCGGCCGCCGCGGCUGCUGCAGCAGCUGCUCAAAAAAGAGCUAAUCGUACACGUUUUACAGAUUUUCAAUUGAAAUCAUUACAAGAAUCAUUUGAACAAAAUCCAUAUCCAAAAGACGAUGAUCUAGAAGUAUUGUCUGAAAGAUUGAAAUUGAAUUCAAGGGUUAUUGUUGUUUGGUUUCAAAAUGCAAGACAAAAAGCACGAAAAUCGUAUGAAAAUCAAUUUAAUACAUCUGGUUCUGCUGUAAUUUCAACAAACGAUCAAAGUUCAACAAUCAAAUUAGAACGUGAUGACGGUUAUACAUGUAAAUAUUGUCAAAAAUUAUUUCAACGUUUUGCUGAAUUAAUGAAACAUAUGAAACAAUGCAAUAAUACCACAUAUUCAUCAUCAUCUAGUACGAAUGUAGCUGACACAAAUAAUAAUAAUAAUAACAGUGAAGGAACACAAAAAAUAAAUAAGCAAAUAUCUCAAGCAACGAUUCUUCCAAAAACAAUCAAACCAAAAGAGAAACACAAUAUUGAAAUGAAAUCAUCUUCCACAUCUAUUCCAACCUCCAUAAUUUCGCCCAAAACUCCUUCGUUAUUAACUCAGUCAGUUCAAUCUCAACAAUUCGAUGUUUCUACACAUUCAUCGUCUGGUCGUCAUUCAUUUUCAAAUGUUAAGCGUGAAUCUGCAUUCCACUUUGACACCGAUAAAUCAUCUUCACGUUCCAAACAAUCAGUAUUGAAUUCUUCUCGUUCCACACCAACCACUAGUGCAACAACUGCAAUUAAAUCCGAACCAUCGGAUACGUCACCAUCACAGCAGUUUCUAAAAGCAACAUUAGAUCAACAAUUUCAAGAUCCAAUGACGGCGUCGUAUAACAUGUUUAUGGCUGCGGCUGCAGCCGCCGCCGCUGUACAAGCUCAACAAAAUGGUACAACAUCCUAUAAUCCAUUUAUACCUCAAUCGAUGUCAACCACAUCAUCAUCGGGUAAAGAAAAUUAUUGUGAUCAAUGUGAUAAAACAUUUUCAUCGUUGGCCGAAUUUCAAGAGCAUCAAAGUCUCCAUAUGGCCAUGUUAAAUGCUGCUACAUUCUUUCCUCUCUAUCAUCCAGCAGCAGCAGCUGCAGCGGCGGCAGCUGCAAUGUCAUUUGGAAAUUUUCCUGGAAGUUUUCCAGCUCCGCCACCACCUCCACAUCUACUUUUACCAUCGACAGCAUCUUCAUCGGUAUCUGAUACAUCAACGACUAAUGUUAUUACAACACCAACAACACCAGUACCUAAUUUAUCAGAAAAAACAUCAAAAUCGAGUGUGCGUGACCGUGAUCAACUGACACCACCUCUACAAUCGUCUUCAUCAAAACGUCGUUCAACUCCUACCGCAACAGCUAUUUCAUUUCCAACCAUCACUAAUUCAACAACAAGUCAUCAGUCAUCAAUGAGCGGUUGUGAUGAUGAUAGUGAUGUUGACGGUCAAGAUUCUCAUGAUUCAUCAUUAAAUCUAAAUUCAUCAAAUAAUGCCGCUAUGAACGGUAAUUCAAAACGAAAUCGUACAACUAUUCUACCUGAACAACAAGAUUAUCUGAUGCAAAAAUACCAGUUAGAGUCAAAUCCAAGUCGAAAAAUGUUAGAAGAAAUAUCAACCGAUGUUGGUUUGAAAAAGAGAGUUGUUCAGGUUUGGUUUCAAAAUACGCGAGCAAGAGAACGAAAAGGAACAAUAAAAACAGCUAUAUCAACAACAUCAUCGACAUCUAAUGUACAACAAUCACAAAUAAUUAAUAAACGAUGUCUCUAUUGUCCAUACACAUUUAAAUUACGAUCAACAUUAGAAAAUCAUUUGAUUCUAAAACAUCAGGAUCAACUAGGUAUUGAGCAACAACAUCGUGAUCAAAUAAAAUUUAUUGAUAUUGAUACGUUUCCUGAUGCAACACCAGCUUCGACUCCCACCCUAACUACACCUAAUCCCCCGAUGACAACAGUGACUACGGGUGGUAUAUUUGUACCUCCGUCAAUGAAUGAACAAGAAGAAAUUGAGGAUCAAGAGUCUGAUGAUAAUUUUGAAGAAGAUGAUGCAAUGUUACAAGGCGAAAAUAAUGCUGAUGAUGCACCAUUAGAUUUAACCAAACCAUUGGAUUUAGUUAAACAAAAGAAAACCGUAGUAAAGUCGUGUAUGAAUGAGAAAAAGCAGCAACAUCGAAAUGAUCUUAUGUCUUCAUAUACAAACAAUAUUAGUUUAACUACUAAUGAUGAAUUGACAAAUAAUUCUUUAGACUACUCCGAUAAUGAGUGUGGUACUCAAAGUGAUUAUGAUACAGAUACAGAUUUUGGUUCAAGUCAGUUUCAGUUGACCACUAGUCAUCCUGGUCAAUCAUUGUUGAAUAGUAAUAAAACGCCAUAUUCUUCAAAUUCUCAAUCAUGGAUGCAAAGACAAUCAUCAUCACAAACAAAUCUUUUAUUAUCACCUCAUGAUAAUGGUGGUUUACAUUCACCAACAGAUUCAACACAUAAUGGAAACGGGUCAAGUAAAGAUUCAAAUGGACAACGACGAUUUCGAACUCAGAUGACACCACUGCAGAUUAAAUUAAUGAAAGCCAUUUUUCUUGAAUAUAGAACGCCGACAAUGCCUGAAUGUGAAUUAUUAGGUCGUCAAAUCAAUUUACAAAAACGUGUAGUACAAGUAUGGUUUCAAAAUGCACGAGCAAAAGAAAAGAAAAAUCCAAAUUUUUUUAAAGCCGAUCUUGAUUUAACGUAUGAACGAUCACAAGACGAAUGUCGAUUAUGUUCAACAAAGUAUACACUAGCUCAUGCACAAAGAGAUCAUCUGUUUACUUCCGCUCAUAUUGAAAAUGUUCGAUCAUUACUAUGUAAACAAGUUCAAAAUUCUAAUUCCAGUUGUACAUCUCACUCACAUCCAUCAUCACAACAGUUACUCUCAUCUUCAAUGUCAUCUUCAUCUUCCACGACUAAUAACAACAACAAUAAUAAUAAUAAUCAUUCUGAACCGCUUCUCGAUGAUUCAACGUCAACUCUGACGACAUCGUCAUUAUUAAACGGUUUAUCUACAAAUAAAUCUCGUUCGUCAUCGUUAUUUAAUCUUGAGAAUAAUAUUAAUUCUACAUCGGAUAAUAAUCAUAUUGAUGAUCAUCGUAGUAGUAGUAGUAGUCAUUCUCGUUCUUUAAUAUCAGAUAUUAAAACAAAAGAAAAGAAAAAAUCGACAUCGAACAGUACUAAACCUACAACAAAAGAAAAUACAACAAAACCGAUAGAACAAUCGCCAACAACGCCUACCAUUGAUCAACAGCAACAACAGCUGAUGGCUGCAGCAGCAGCAGCGGGUCUAAUGGGAACAUCAAAUCCAUCAAUGUUAUCAUAUCUUAAUCUAAUGAUGCCACAUCUAAUGCCAAUGAGUAUCGAUCCUUAUAAUUUUUCAUUAGUUGAUCCAACAAUUCAUGGUACACAUAUAUUUAUGUUACAAUUACCCGCAGAAGCCAUUCAAAAUAUUAUGCACGCAAUAAAAGAGAAUCAGACUACCUCACAGUAUACACAAGAUGGGAAAACAAGGAACGAUUUGACAAGUCUCGAUCACAAAAUUAGUGACUAUGAAAUUAUCGAUGUUGGAUUUGCUUGUAGACAUUGUAAUUUUGUAUGGCCUUUAUAUGAACCAUGUCGCUGUCAUACUCUACUCUGUUCUCAAUUAAUGCCCAAUCAAUUACCACUUACAUUACAAACAAAACAAGAUACACAAAAAAUGUCUCGUUAUAUUCUAAAAAUUGAACAAUUACUCUAUCGUUGUACUGUAUGUCAUUCAUCAUAUCCGACCGUUGUCGAAUUUCAACAACAUACAAAAGAGACUAUUCAUCUUAAAAAUAUGCAAAAUUCACUCAAUAAUAAUAGUAAACGUCGAACAUCGUCAACUUAUUCAGAGAAUGAUUCAAAUAAACAUCAUCAAAAAAAAUUUAACCAGAUGAAGAAAUCAACUACUCAUAAUCAUCAUCAUCAACAACAACAAUCGAUGACAGUUACACCAACACCUUAA